UAAUUAGUGUUGUGUAAAUAAUAUAUAUACUUGUAUUUGAAUAACUCACGAUAAUGUGGUCGAACGUCACCGUUGUAUUGCUGCGCCACCCCAACCUGGGCCAACCAGCACGACUUUAGUAAACUGGUUUUUAAAAGGAUAUUUACUGCUAGACUAUUAUUAGAAAGAUGUGCAUAGAGGGAGAAUAAUGGCUCCUCCUGGAGUACUUACUCUGAACUUAAAUCAAGUUCCAAUGCUUGUACAACAACCGGGCACAGGUCACGUUCAAACCCUCUUUACCCUUCCAGGUAGCAGCCAAGUUCGAACUCUUCUGCUACCCAACCUCUCAGUCCAAGGGGCAACUCUUGUUUCUGUCCCUCCCACUGAGGCCGGUGGCCGUGAUAUUGAAGCUCUGCCAGGUGAACAGUACCAUGUGGUAACUCCUGACAUGCAGACAGUAGUGCCAAUCCCAGUGAACAAUGACCAUGUUCAGACUCUGCUUCUCCCCAUGGCCAACUCUUCAUUAAAUCCCAGAGGACAACUUCAAACAGUUAUUUUGUCAGAUAGUAGCUCAGUACUUGAAGCUGGGAGACAAGUUCAAACCCUCCUAGUUCCUAGUAAUGGUGGAGGAAACAAUAUCCAACAGCUUCAGACAGUUUUGUUGCCUGUUAAUGACAGUAUUGCAGAGUCUAGCCAGCAAGUACAGACAGUAAUAGUUCCUGCCAACAGCUCUCUUCCUAACCAGGGAACUGUUCUUCAAACAGUUUUAGCACCAUCCCUAAAUGUGGAGACGCAGCCUGAUCAAUCGGCACAUACGCUUGUUUUACGAGAUAUAAACUUGGCUGGUUUAGGAAACACAUUAAAUCACAUCCAAGGUGUUACCCCAACUGCAGAAGCCAUGGCAGACCCCAACUGCCACUUGCAAGUUUUACUGGCCACUUCUGCCGCAAACUCCUCAGAACCGACCCAGCAGCAGGAGGCUGUAGUGGCAAUCCCAGUAUCAGAGUUACUUGUGUCUGGUGAACCGAAGUCUUCCCAGGCACUGGGCGUGUUAGCUGACUCUCGGUCUGAUUCUAACAAUGUGCUUCUGUAUUUGCCUCAGGAAGGGCUGAUUGUUGAAGUGCCUAAUGGUCAAAAUGAGGAAAAAGCUCGUCAGUGGUACCAAGAUUCAGAAAUUGCCUGUCGAGGACUUGCAGCCUUGAGGCAGGUGUUAACACAGCUUCUUAGUUUUGAAAAUAUAACACUGAACAGCCCAACAGGGACCUCAUCGCAACAGACUUUCCAGAUACUCCCUGUAGAUAUAGUACGUGAAGAACGCACCGAGAAUGCUGCUUAGAAAACAUCGUGUCAACAUAAAAGUCGAGAAAGUCAAUAUGUUUUAGACUUUGUGUGUGAGUGUGUCUAAUAGAUGCAGGUACAAAAAGCAGUGGAACACUCGUUUUUUUUUUAAAUCAUUCUAAUAGAGUACUUGUCCAGUUCUAAAGUCUCGGUAGAAACUACUGUGUCUGUGAUACAAAUUAUUGACUCUUGUGCGAUUCACGAACCUACAGGCAGUAUUUUUGUAUCAGCAUAUACAAGUGAUUUAUCAUGAUUGGUUUUUAAACUAUAUCUGUGUUAACAUACCUUCCUGAAAAUACAUGUAAAGUUAGCUGUUAAUACAGACAUGUAAAUAAAGAUGUUAUGUUCCAA